CGUUCCUGGCUGGGGUUGGCCCUGACCUCUCUCUGCCCCCAGAACACAACCCUGGACCUCCUGGAUCGGGGGCUGCAGGUCCACGUGGUGGUGGACGCCUGCUCCUCCCGCAGCCAGGUGGACCGCCUGGUGGCACUUGCCCGGAUGCGACAGAGCGGCGCCUUCCUCUCCACCAGCGAAGGCCUCAUUCUGCAGCUGGUGGGUGACGCCGCGCACCCCCAGUUCAAGGAGGUACUGGCUCCCAGUCCCCCACCUUCCAUGCACCUGGCAAAUGUCUCCUUGGCGCCCACCACGUCUUUUCGGAAUACAUCCGGGAACAUACACAUCCUGGAACACAGAAGGCUGCCGCCUCCAGAGGGGCUCAGUUCUCGUGGGGAGACACCCCGUCAACCAUAAAUCAAUAAGAGAA